AUGGGUGUGUCAAUUGAGAUAUACAGACUAAGAAUUGGUUCGCAUAACAACUUUGUGCAAGCACGACAGUCCAUGAAUCAAAUGAAAGGUAAAUUUUGGAACCAUAUGUUAGUAAUGUUCUACUUAGAAAUAUUUUAUUUACCAUGCUUGAAAAAUCUAGUUACCAGGAUUGAAAGUAAUAAUGAAGUUUGCAUGUGGUAUACACAAAUGGUAUCUUAUCAUGUUUAUGUACCAUUGCUAUUGAGGCUUGCAAAUGAUGUAGAGGAAAAUCCAGGCCCAAUUAAUAUCUAUGAUAUUGUUGAUCAUAGUUUUACAGUUCGAGCAGACUUCAACCAAGGUAAUAUAUCCAUGUUUGGCAUAAAUGCUGGAAAACAAUGUGUUGCCAUGUCAAUUUAUGCUAUUGUAUACAAUGAAAUAAAAUCUGUUAAUAUUUGGGAUACACCACUUAUGAACAUGCUUCUAGUUAAUGCAAACAAUCUUUAUGCCAUAAUUAGUCAGCACAUUCAGAAAGAUUUCUUGUUGCUCACUGAUGUUCCUGAAAUAUUGUCUAUCAACAAUGAUACUUUUAAUUUGGAGUACAGUGUCUCUUUUUCUGGAGCAUUAUGGAUGGAAUGUAACAAUGAACCGUAUGUUACACUUGAACAUGCCUUUCAUGAAGUAUUUGAUGCUGGUAAUUAUAAAGCAUGUUUACUUACUAUUCAAGCAAACACUGUUGCAGUUUUAAUGCCUUUCCCAGAUGUAUUUAAAGUUUUUGAUUCUCAUUCACGAGAUAUGCAUGGAAUGCCAGCGGCAAUGGGUUAUAGUGUUUUAGUUUCUAUUGAAGGAAUUCAAAACCUUAUAAGUUUUUUUCUUAACAGUUAUAACUAUUCUGGACAAAAUGGUCUAUUUGAGUUGAAGGGUGUUAAAUGUCAUAGAAAUACUUCAUUGUCAAAUAGUUUGGAUAACACAGCGAAUUACACGAUAUCAAAUAACCAUGAACAACCAACAAAACAACAAGAGUGUGUUAUAGAAAAAGAAAAUGGACUCGCAAAGCGAAAGGAGAAUAAAAGACAACAAGAGUCUGUUGUAGAGAGGGAAAAUAGACUUGUAAAGCGAAAGGAGAGAAGAAGACAAGCAAAACAACAAGAAUUUGUUGUAGAAAGAGAAAACAGACUUGCAAAGCUCAGAGAGAAGCAAAGAGAGAAAAGGCAACAAGCAAAACAAAAAGAGUCUGUUGCAGAGAAUAGACUUGCAAAGCUAAGAGAGAAAAGAAAACAGGCAAAACAACAAGAAACUGUUUCAGAGAGAGAGAGUAUAGACUUGCAAAGCAAGGAAAGAAAGAAACCCAAGCAAAACAACAAGAAAAUGUUGUAGAACGAGAAAACAGACUUGCAAAGCAAAGAGAGAAAAGAAAACAGGCAAAACAACAAGAAACUGUUUCAGAGAGGGAAAAUAGGCUUCAAAACCAGCGAAAAGCAAGAAGGUUGAAAAGGCAAAAUGAAACUGUCAAACAAAGAGAGCAACGAUUAGCAAAAGCAAGAGCUAAUUAUAAGGAAAAUAAAAGUAGACGUUCUGGAAAAAACAAACAAUGUCCUCUAUCAAGUUCUCAAGGGCAUCUCAAUAAUGAUAACAAUAAAUCACAUAAUAGUGUAUCACAAUUUAUACAUAAAUUCCAUAAAUCUGUAUCAACAGGUCCUCUGUAUAUUUGUUUAUGCUGUGAUCAAUUAUGGUAUAAACAUAGUGUUUGUCCUGCUGAGAGACUUCGAUUAUCCAAUCCAAAUUCUACUAAACAUCUACAAGGUAUUAAAAGUGUGGAUAAUAUUGAAUGGUUGUGUUUGACAUGUGACAAACAUCUUAAAAAGGAUAAAGUGCCACCAUCUGCAAUUUCAAAUGGCUUGAAGUUUCCAGAAAAACCUGACUUCUUUGAUUUAAAUGAAUUAGAAUGCAGACUUAUAGCUCCAAGAUUGGCAUUUCAAAAAAUAAUGCAAGCUCCGAGAGGACGGCAACUUAAAAUUACUGGUAAUGUUGUGAAUGUACCAGCAGACAUAUGUAAUACUGUUAACAUGCUACCCAGGUUACCACAAGAUACUGGGACUAUUAAAGUUCAAUUAAAACGUCGACUGCAAUAUAAGAGUUCUGCCUUGUCUUUGAACGUGAGACCUAAUAAAGUGAUGCAAGCAGCAGCUUGGUUGGUAAAUACUAGUGAACUAUAUCGAGAACAAGGAAUAACGUUUGAUCAGCAUUGGUUAUCGUACUUUGAUGUUACAACACCUAAUAGUGACAAUGAAAAUACUACAGUUGAUCAAACUAAUUCGACAUCUUCAGAAGAUGAAUGGAGUGAAGACGAAGCAGAAAUUCCUGCAGGUGUAACAGACAGCAUGCUUACACCUACUGAUUUUGUAGAUGAUACUGAAAGACAACAUAUAUACAAUGUUGCACCUGCUGAAGGUAGUAGACCACUUAGUAUAUUUAGAGAUCAGUAUUCAGAGGAACUAGCUUAUCCAGGAAUAUUCCUAGGUCAAAGGCGACCAGAUGAGAAGCAAAGAUUGACUCAUGUUUACUACAGUGAAAUAUGCAAAUCUGAACUAAGACGGUCUGAUAGAAGAGCCGCAAUGUGUAUUGAGAACAUAUUUUUUAAAACUAAAAAAAUGCAGAUGAAAUUAUUGCUAGGGCAAUUUCAACUUGCUAUUCGCAAGUGUAAAAUGGGAAACAGAACACUUACUGCUGGUGAGUUAAAAACACCGGAAGGUUUAACAAAUCUCAUUUGCCAUGAUGAAGGAUACAAAUUUUUAAGAGCUUUGAGAGGUUCCCCACCUUACUUUGAAAAAGCCAAAAAAGAUUUGUUUGCUAUGAUUCGGCAGUUAAGACCUGCAUCAUUAUUUUGUAGUUUUUCAUCUGCUGAAACAAAAUGGAAUCAUUUACUAAGAAUCCUUGGUAAGCUUGUUGAUCACAAAGAUUAUAGUGAUGAAGAAUUAGAUCAUUUAAAUUGGGAUGAAAAGUGUAGACUAAUUCAAAGUGACCCAGUAACUUGUGCAAGGCAUUUUGAUUACCAAUUUAAUGCUUUCUUAAAAGAUUUUUUAAUGAGUGAAAUUGCCCCAUUAGGGAAACUAAAAGAUUGGUUUUACAGGGUUGAAUACCAACAGAGAGGCUCGCCUCACAUUCAUAUGCUCAUAUGGCUUGAAAAUGCACCUGUAUUUGGUGUUGAUAAAGAUGAAGAUGUAGUUAAUUUCAUUGACCAAAUAAUAACUUGUAGAAAGGCGUUUGACAUCAUAGAUCAUGACAUCUUGAUAAGCAAACUAUCGAAAAGCGGAGUGACUGGAAACGAACUGAAAUGGUUCACGAGUUAUCUACACGAAAGGAAGCAAUAUGUCUCGUGCGAAGGCGUAGAGUCGCAACGGCGUUUAAUUACACACGGAGUUCCACAGGGUUCAGUCCUCCGCCCAACGCUAUUUAACAUCCAUAUAAACGGGAUCGCUGAUGCGUGCAAGGACAGUGAGGCGGCGUUGUACGAAGACAAUACAGAAAUCCAUGCGAGCUCGAAAGACAUUGACGUGGCGGAACAACGGGUCAACCAAGAUCUUGAAAAUAUCGUAAUGUGGUGGAAUCAGAACGGCCUAAUCAGUAAUCACAAGAAGUGUGAGGCAAUGCUGAUUGGAUCGAGGUACACUGUCAAGAAUACCAGAGAGUUACAGAUUAUACUUGAUGGAAACCCAAUGAAACAGUCAGAAUAUUAUAAGCACCUAGGUGUUUAUAUAGAUAACUGCCUGACAUGGAAUAAACAUAUCACGUAUAUAAAAUCAAGAGUUUAUCCAAAACUUAAACUGCUUAACAGAAUUUCACAUUUUCUUAGCCGCAAUGUUUUGCUAAAGAUCUACAAGCAAACUGUGCUUCCCCUGUUAGAUUACGGAUGCGUCUUAUGGGCUGAAUGCGGAAAGAGAAACGUCCAAAGCUUAGAACGACUACAAAAUCAAGCGAUGCGGAUAGUGUUACACGCGAACCGUAAGACAUGUACUCAGGAGAUGCGUGCUAAAUUACACCUUUUGUCACUGUACGGAAGACGUCGUCUUAUAAGAUUGCAAUACGUUUAUAAGAUCGUAAACAACAUAAACUGCCCGAAGCAGUUGAUAGGCUAUCUAGUAAGACGAUCACAAAUGCACUGUCGAUCUCUUAGAGAUCCAACAUUGCUAGGUUUACCGCCAGUAAGAACUAGAUGUGGCGAGACCUCAUUCAGAUUCUCGGCUGCCAAAGAUUGGAAUUCUCUACCGACAGAAAUACGAGAAUUAAAAACACUUGUGCGGUUCAAGAAUGAAGUGUUUAAACACUUGAUAAACAUGGAUGCUGUUACGCACAAUUGUAGUUUGUAAUUUUAGACAUCUUAAGGCCUGUUGACACUUGCAAUUUUUGCUGCGAUUUUGGGUGCGGUCUUUUUCUCUUGGUGGGUGUGAGGGGGUGGAUGAGUUGUGAAUGUUUAGAUGAAGGUACAUGUACUCAGAACAUUCAUUGCUCAUCUGCUCGUUCGCAUGCAUCGGGGGAGGAGUGUCGCGCCUGGAAUCGCAGCGGAGGUUGCAGGUGUAAACAGUGUUUACAUUAUAUAGCCUUAUUUAUGCACUGUUACGCACUUAUGUUAUUGUAUAUAUACUUGUUAUACACUGAUCACCGAUUGAUACCAGCCAAUCUAUGUAAUUGACUGAACGGUCUUUUUUAUCAGUAUAAAUAAAGAUUUUAUUAUUAUUAUUAUUAUAAAGCCUGAUAAUGACACUGAAUUAUUUGAUCUUGUAAACAGACAAACUCAUAGACAUUCUCACACAUGCCGAAAAAACUCCAAAAAACUUUGUAGAUUUAAUUAUCCUCAGCCACCCAUUAGAUCAACACAGAUACUUCAUCCACUUGAUGACAAUGCUUCUGACACUGCCAUAAGAGCCAGAAAAGAGUUGUGGAAAAAUAUUAAGAAUAAACUAAAUGAUUUAAAAGAGGGAGAAGACGUAACAUUUGAUCAACUUCUGAAAGAACUAAAUGUUUCCGAAUAUCAAUAUAUUCUUGCAAUUCGAUCAUCACUAAAUUGUCCAACAAUAUUUCUAAAAAGAAGUCCCAAUGAAUUAAGGAUUAAUAAUUAUAAUCCUGCUUGCCUCCAAGCGUGGAGAGCAAAUAUGGACAUUCAAUUUGUGCUGGAUGUAUAUGCCUGUGCAAUGUAUAUUGUUUCCUAUAUUUCUAAAGCUCAAAAAGGAAUGAGUGACUUGUUACGUAACGCAUGUGCUGAAGCUAAGGAAGGUAAUUCCACCAUCAAACAACAGGUUCGUGAUAUUGGCAACAAGUUUUUAAACUCUGUUGAAAUAAGUGCACAAGAAGCAGUGUACAUCAUUCUGCAACUUCCCAUGAGAAAAUCUUCUCGAAAUGUUGUAUUCAUUAACACAUCUCCUCCAAAUGAUCGUGUUGAACUGUUGAAACCUCUCAGUGAGAUUGAGAAGAUGUCAGACGAAUCUGAAGAAAUUCACUCUGGUGGACUUCUGAAAAGAUAUGUAGAACGACCAGACAGUUUAAAUUUAAUUACAUUAGCUGACUGGGCAGCAUGGUACGACUCAUCUGGGCUGACCAAAUAUAAGAAAUCUGUUAAAAAAUCAGAUAUUGACAACCUUCCUUUGGAAGAUGAAGAUGAAAAUAAUGAUGAUGACCUAGGUGUUCAAAACACUGAAAGUUGUGUUUCAUCUAAAAAGUCGAUCAAAAAAAGAUCACAUGCAAGAAUUAUCCGCAGUGUUUGGUUUAACAAAGAAUCUCAACCAGAAAAACAUCGUGAGUUGAUCAUGCUUUUCACUCCAUGGCGAAAUGAACAGGCCGAUUUAAUGGGAGCUUACUCUUCCUUUCAAGAACAUUACGAAGCUCGUCGUGAUGAGAUCAGUGAAAAAAUGGAACAAUACGCGGUUUGUAGUGAAGAUUUAAAUGAAAUUCAACAUCACUUACAAGAAUGUGAUGAUGAUGUGUAUGACACAAUAGCACCAGUUACACAAGACACUGAGCGUCGGGAUGAGAACGAAGGUAAUACAGAUACACAUCCAGAUUUAAAUGAAACAUAUGAUGUUUCUGAAGACUUGGGUAUCCCAUCAAGGUUACCUAAUAAUGAACCACUUCUUUUAAAUGAAAUGGAAGAUGAUGAAUACCGACGUUUGGUCCAAAUGCUAAACAAGAAACAAAGGGAAUUUUUUUAUCAUGCCUUACAUUUAAUGAAGAUAUCUGAUAAUCCAUUUUAUGCCUUUUUAAGUGGAAGUGGAGGGGUUGGUAAAUCUCACUUAAUUAAGUCAAUUUAUCAGGCUGCUUUAAAGCACUAUAACAAACGAGCUGGCGAAGACUUUCGUCGCGUUCAAGUAUUAUUGCUUGCUCCAACAGGAAAAGCAGCUUAUCUAAUUAAAGGAAACACAAUCCAUAGUGCCUUAUCAAUUCCAGCGAGCCAAUCGCUUAAAAUUUAUAAACCACUGGACUCUGGUAGGUUGAACACUUUACGAUGUAAGCUGGGUGCUUUAAAGUAG